GGCCCAGCGGCACCGCCGGGCCGUGGUCACCCCCCCACCCCGCGUUGCCACGGCAGCGGCGGCGGGAACAGCUCCCGGCCGCCAUGAGCAGGAAGGGGGGAAAGCUCCUGGUGGACUCGCUGACCCGAUCCGCCAAGCACUUUACCAAAAGCGAAGUGGAAUGUCUGGUCAAGCUCUUCGACACGCUGGUGGCCAAAGCCAGCAGCCAGUUUGCUGGGGCCGGCUUCGACCGCACCGUGUUCCGAGACACCCUAUACAACGCCUUUGGCAUGACGGAUGACGUGGUGUUGGACCGAGUGUUCAGCACUUUUGAUAAAGACAACAAUGGCUGCAUCACUGCGGUAGAAUGGGUGGAAGGCUUAGCAGUGUUACUUCGGGGGACCCUGGAAGAGAAGAUGAAGUACUGUUUUGCUGUUUAUGACCUGAAUGGUGAUGGAUACAUUUCGAAAGAGGAAAUGUUUCAAAUGCUGAAACACAGCCUUCUCAUACAACCAGCAGAUGAAGAGCCUGAUGAGGGAGUUAAGGACUUGGUAGAGAUAGCACUGAAGAAAAUGGACCAUGAUCGUGAUGGCAAGCUUUCUUUUAUGGACUUUGAAAAAGCAGUCAGAGAUGAAAACCUUCUCUUAGAAGCCUUUGGACCAUGUUUGCCAGACAUAAAGAGCAGUAUGUCAUUUGAACAGAAAAUUUUCCGGGAAAUUCCUGAAUAGUAACUCCAAGUUGUAACUCCACUGCUGAAUUCUGUUAAAAGGGGUCUUCAUCUUCACCAUUCUUCGUGAUAUAGUAAAGCCAGUCAUAUUUCAAGUUGCUCCUAAGCUUCAGUAUUCCUUUGCUGUUAAAUCUAUAGAAUAAAUGAAUUUACUUCUGUAACUCUA